UCAUUUUCCCUUUGGACUUUAUUCUACUUCCAGGGUAACAUGUCAGUAAGAUAUUUAUGCUCCUUAUUUAAAAUCCCACACCUCAAUACAAAAAGCUUAAGCCCCUCUUCAAUAGCAAAACCCUAAUAUCUUCUCCACUCAGAGCCCCUAAACCCCUUUGAAGCACAAAAAAUGGGUCGUAACAAGAACAACAAACAACACGCAUCUUUACCCGACAAUAAUAAUUUUGAAAACCCAGUUAGUAUGAAUGUUGAUGAUGAAAUUAUUGAAGAUGUUGCAGCAACCUCCAAUCUUACUGAUGAUAGAACCAGUGCUGAUUAUUACUUCGAUUCUUACUCACACUUUGGUAUACAUGAAGAAAUGUUGAAGGAUGUGGUGAGAACCAAGACAUAUCAAAAUGUUAUUUAUAAAAAUGACUUUCUCGUUAAGGGUAAGGUGGUACUUGACGUAGGAGCUGGUACUGGUAUCUUGUCUCUUUUUUGUGCCAAAGCGGGGGCUAAGCACGUCUAUGCGGUUGAAUGCUCCCACAUGGCUGACAUGGCAAAGGAGAUUGUUGAAGCAAAUGGAUACUCAGAUGUCAUCACUGUGCUCAAGGGGAAAAUUGAAGAAAUUGACCUUCCUGUUAAAGUGGAUAUUAUCGUGUCAGAAUGGAUGGGAUACUUUCUAUUGUAUGAAAAUAUGUUGAAUACAGUUCUUUAUGCCCGUGAUAAGUGGCUGGUUGAGAAUGGUAUUGUCUUUCCAGAUAAAGCCUCUCUAUAUUUGACAGCCAUUGAAGAUGCAGAGUACAAAGAGGAUAAGAUUGAGUUUUGGAACAAUGUUUAUGGCUUUGAUAUGAGCUGUAUUAAAAAGCAAGCCAUGGUGGAGCCACUAGUUGAUACAGUGGACCAAAAUCAAAUUGUCACAAAUUCCCAUCUACUCAAGACUAUGGACAUAUCUAAAAUGACGCCAGGUGAUGCUUCCUUCACUGCUCCUUUUAGACUUGUGGCAGAGCGCAAUGACUACAUUCACGCUCUUGUAGCUUAUUUUGACGUGUCAUUUACAAAGUGCCAUAAAUUAAUGGGCUUCUCUACAGGACCAAGAUCAAGAAACACUCACUGGAAGCAAACAGUCUUGUACCUUGAGGAUAGGAUUACUAUAUGUGAAGGGGAAGCUAUUGUGGGAACCAUGACAGUUUCCCAAAACAAAAAGAAUCCACGUGACAUCGAUAUAAUGCUCGAGUAUUCGUUCAGUGGCCAACACUGUGUAGUCUCCAGGACUCAAUCUUACAAAAUGCGGUAGUGGUAAAUGCAUAGUGUUCUUUCCAGAGGUUUUUAAGAGCUUCUGUGCAAGUUCCUAAGACUCAUCAAAUCCAAUUAGACUAUUUUUUUCUUUCUAAGAGAGAAUUAGAGUUUUAUAGAGGUAUGUAUGCAAAUGGGACUUCCUUCCUAUCAGACCAAUGUAUGAGGAGGAGAUGAAGUUUUGCAACAUGCCAUGCAAUUCUUCUCUUUUUUUACCUUUAUUGUUUUUAUUUUUUAUUUUCUUU